AUGUCUGAAAUAAAUUAUGUGCUUGUAACGGGAGCCACGGGGUUCAUCGGCGCCCAUGUUGUCGAUGAGCUCCUCAGUCGUGGCCUCAAGGUCCGAGGGGCCACCCGGUCGUUGGCUAAAGGCAACCUCAUGAUGCAAGCAAGGUCGCAAUAUGCCGGCCGUCUGGAUUUCGUGGAGGUCGAUGACUUUGAGAGGCCCGGCCGUCUGCAAGAAGCUGUCCAAGGUGUCGAUGCUGUGAUUCACGUCGCCAGCCCCCUUUGCUACCAGACCGAGGACAACGAGAAGGAGCUCAUUAUACCCGCCAUAAAUGGCGUCAAGGGAAUCCUCGAAGCCGCCGCGGCUAACGUCAACGUCAGGCGGGUUGUACUCACGUCUUCCUUUGCUUCCGUCAUGAAUGCUGACCGCAAAGCGCCACCAUACUUUACGUACACCGGUGACGAUUGGAACCCACUCACGUACCAAGAAGCUGCAAACCCUACGACACCCGCAUUUCUCGCCUAUCGCGGCGCCAAGAAGUUUGCUGAGAAGACGGCAUGGGACUUUAUCAGGGACCGGAAGCCGGGAUUCGACCUCGUGACGCUCUGUCCAUCCAUGACGUUCGGCCCGGUGGUGCAUCCUGUGUCUAGCUUGGACGGGCUAAACGAGUCGAGCGCCAUGCUGUGGAAGGUGGCCCUCGGGGAGCCCCUGGCAACAUCCCGCGUUCCCUCCUGGGUUGAUGUUCGGGAUCUGUCCCAAGCUCACGUCGAGGCACUCUUGCGACCGGGUGCCGGGAUGAAGCGCUACAUUGUGGGCGGAAAGGAGGGCUUCACAUACGAUCUGGCGGCCCAGAUUAUCGAGGAGAGUUUUGACUGGGCCAAGGGCAAGGUUUCGCGCGACAGGGCACAGAAAAUAGACGAUUCGUACGGUAUAGAUGGUGAGACAACAGCAAUAGAGCUUGGGCUGCAAUAUACGCCGUUUCAGAAAACGGUUGUGGACACGAUUUCCCAGUUGUCACAGAUGGAAAAGGUGUUUUCAUCACAAGCGGUAAUAUAG